UAGAUAUUUUAGACAAACACAAUAAUCUAAAAAUAAAAUAUAUUUAAAUGGUUCUCAAUGCCCUUGACAGUCGCGUCAUUGAAGAAUCAAAAAUUGGUUAACGGUUAUAAGCAGUUUGAUUAAUAUUUUACGGUAAAAAUUGAAUUAAAAACAUGAGUGCUAUUCAAGAGCAAAAAUCUAUUGACCAAAGAACACACAUGCAAUUAUUCAAUUACAUGGUACUUCUAAAACAUUUAUACCCAACAACUGAGGCUUUCGAUUCGGUCUGUAAGCCAGAUAUGUUUGUAAAAAACAACAAAGCAGCAUUCCAACAUGUUAUUUAUUAUUUAUUCAAAAUACUCAAUCCAGCAAUCAUCAAAAAGAAGAUCUCAAACUGGCCCAUUCUUGACAUCAAAAUGGAGGCACAAUUCAGAAAGGAAGUAAUGACUUACAUCAAUGAAUUAAAAACUAUUUACCCUAAUUAUGAGAUUCCCACAAUUGUUGCAUCACAAUUGAUAAAUCCAGGUGGCCUUAAAUUUGUCAACCUAAUGCUUGAUAUCACUCAACUAGUUGUGACAGAAGCAAUCAAAAGAGAAGAUUGCAUAAAUUUUCCUCUGCUACCUACAGUGAACUGUAGUUCAGAAUCUAAAGAGCAUAUUGGUGAUGUUAUUACUCAUGUUAAUAAAUUAUUAUAUGUCACAGAGCAGGAAACUUUACAAAAAGUAAUGGAGCAUAAUCAGAAAAUGCUUGAAUAUGAAAAACAAGCCAAGCUGAUCACACAAAAAAUUGUUGAAAGCAAGAAAAAUAUUGUACAAAUGCAGAUGACAUUAGAGCAUUUGCAAUCAGAAGCAAAAAGUGCUGAUAUUAAUGAUGAUGAUCUUGAUGCCAUUGAAACAGACUCAGCUGAAGUUUUACAAAUUCAUGAAAAGUUCAAACAUUGCAAUACACUAUUCAAUUACUUUAAGAAUAAUGAAUGCUUCCUGGAAUCUGAUAAACCUAUAAGUUUAUUGAAACACUUUGAAAAGUUCAAUAAAUUUUGCGCUGCUUCCAUUUACGAUGUUCGACGAAUUGAUAGAUCAAUGGUGGAUAACAAAAUGGAGAUUAUUAGAAGACUAUUGAAGCAAUAUGAUGCUUUAUUGCAAAAUUGUCCACUUUUAGAAGAGAGGCAACAGUUAUUCUUGCAAGAUUUGAAGAGGAACUGUCAAAACACUGAAGAUUUCUCCAAAACAAUGCAGGAUAAUCAAAUUACACCACAAAACACGCCAAAUACCAAUCAGUUUUUUCCUAAAAUAAUUAUUAAUACUUAAUUUUAACAUAUUCAUUGUAUUUUAAAUGUUUACAACUAGAUAUUUGAUAAAUUUGUUUAUAUUAUGCUAAA